CAAACAUUUAAACAAGGAGCAUGGGGUGCAGGAUAGGAUGCUUUUUCAUCCUGCACAGUGACUAUUUUAAGUUUUCUUGGGAUUUGAUUGAACAACUCAUAAAAUGUACUUGCAUAGCAUAUAUUUUAGCUGUUGCAGGUGUAGUGACUUCUAACUAUCAGCAGAUGGAGUCUUUAAAUUGAGGCGUCAGAUGGUCUAUCAUUCUUCCCUUUAAGGGAGGGGAUUUUUCUUUUUCUUCCAGUGGAAAACUGCUUUGUCCAAUAGACAUAGGUCAGGAUUUACGCUGCUUUUAUUACCUUUUGGAGAAAGUGAGUCCCUUUCACUUUUGCUGAAACACCGGUGAUUACUUUUUACUAUAUGUAAUCCAGUGUAGACUAUGUGGUUGAAGAAAAAUAAAGCUGAUUUCUAGAUAUUUUUUGCAUUUGUGAAAUUUUUAAGAUUGUGCAUUUGAUGGAGACCUAAUGUUGCCACCGAAGAAAAGACUGCAUUGUCACAACUAGAACUUUUAUUCGGACUGUUCUUUUGCCUGCAGGAAAGGUUUUGUGCUCAGAAGGUGAAUAUACCAGAGGAAAAUUACAAUGUGUUAACCAUUAGCCCAAAAUGGGCUUGAAUUGAAAAACUGACUCGGGUUUAUGAAAAACCCGUGAUCACAUUGGGGGACAGUUCCAAAUUAACUAUUGUUCCUGUAAGAUAAAGCGGAAUUUAGUUGGACACUUUGCAAACGAUCUCAUCGGAGUGCACGCUGACUUCAAUAAUGGCCAUGGUUGAUGUGCGCUGAGAACUUGGUAUACAAGGGGGGAAAAAGUGCUUUUUAAGUUUUGUUUUUAUGUUGUCACUCAGAGAUUCACUCUUGCCAGCAUUUUUUUUUAUCAAUUCCGACUGUGAAACGAGACUGCACAAAGAUGGCAUCCCUCUGUAGACGCGCUUCUCCCGGGCUGUGGAAACAAAUAAUGGCUCCGCUCGUCUUGCUGUUGUGCAACAGGCUUGUGACAAAUGCAGACGACGAAACUUUCAAUGCAGAGUCAUGGUUACGGAGGUUUGGCUACCUGUCCCAGGCCAGCAAACAGAUGUCCACCAUGCAGUCCUCUCAGAUCCUGUCCAGUGCCAUCAGUGACAUGCAGCUCUUCUAUGGCCUCAGUGUCACUGGGGAGAUGGACCCUGCCACACUGCAGGCAAUGAAAAUGCCUCGCUGUGGAGUUCCAGACAAAUUUGUUCCACAGACUGAGAAGGGUUUGAGGCGAAAACGCUACACUCUCACUGGCCAGAAGUGGGACAAGAACCGUCUGACCUACAGCCUUAUGAAUACCACCCCAAAGAUUGGUGUGGAGCGAACACAGGAGGCCAUCCGCAAAGCCUUUCAGGUGUGGGAGCGUGUGACACCCUUGAGCUUUGUCGAGGUUGCUUUCCAAGACAUCACAAAUGGCAGCCUGGACGCCCUAGAUAUCAUGUUACUGUUUGCCUCUGGUUUCCAUGGAGACAUGUCUCUAUUUGAUGGCGAGGGUGGGUCCCUGGCUCAUGCCUACUACCCAGGGCCCGGGAUGGGCGGAGACACGCACUUUGACCUGGAUGAACCCUGGACCCUUGACAACCACGAUCCAUCAGGUAUUGACCUCUUCCUGGUUGCGGUGCAUGAGCUGGGCCAUGCUCUGGGUCUGGAGCACUCUGACAACCCCAACGCCAUCAUGGCUCCCUUCUACCAAUACAUGGACACGCAGACCUUCUCCCUCCCAGAGGACGACAAGAAUGGAAUACAGAAGAUAUAUGGACCUCCAGAGGAGGUUCCUACAGAGGAGGUUCCUCCAGAGGAGCCCACCUUCACCACAGAGGACACAUCCCUACAUCAAGACCUCACCACCGCCGGCACGCUGCGCCUAGACCCCAGCCCCACCCCGGGUGGGCCCGACCCACCCAGCCCCACCUAUGACCCCGGUACCCCAGGCCAACCGGAACCAGAUCCCACCGACGCACCUCACCGUCCCGUGCCUGACCCAGGCCCCACCGUCCCCUGGGCCGGCCCGGUGCCGGUGACCCCCUACAUCAGGCGUGAUGAGCCUCCUCGCCCCCCCAAGCAGCCUGACCACGCUACCCCGGACAUCUGUGACGGGGACUUUGAUACAGUGACCAUGCUGCGGGGGGAGAUGUUCAUCUUCAAGGGUCGCUGGUUCUGGAGAGUAAGAAGGAACCGUGUUCUUGACAACUACCCAAUGCCCAUCUCUGUCUUCUGGGUCGGACUACCCGAUGAUAUCGACUCUGGCUAUGAACGACACGAUGGGAAGUUUGUCUUUUUCAAAGGGGACAGGUACUGGGUGUUCAGGGAAGCUGACGUGGUGCCUGGUUACCCCCAGCCCCUGGUAGAUUACGGCCAGGGCAUCCCCACGGACAGGAUCGACACAGCCAUCUGGUGGGAGCCAACAGGUUACACAUACUUCUUCAGGGGAGACAGAUACUGGCGUUUUAAUGAGGAGUCCCACACAGGUGACAGUGACUACCCUAAAUCUGUCUCCCGGUGGGGCAACGUCCCAUCCUCUCCUAAAGGAGCCUUUCUCAGUGAUGACAGUGCAUAUACCUACUUCUACAAGGGUUCAAAGUACUGGAGGUUUGAUAACCAGAAGAUGAAGGCAGACCAAGGCUACCCGAGAUCCAUCCUUAAAGACUUUAUGGGCUGUGACGGAGCGCCAGUAGUGGAACCAGAUACGGAGGACACAGUCAAGUGGCCCACGGUUAACCAGCCGGAACCACAACCACCAGUCCGCUCCGACCCAGAUGACGGGAACCGAGACGCCGGAGUGGACUACACCAACGACCUGGAUUAUGAACCUGAUGCAGAGGACAAAGAGGUGGAUGUGGUGGUGAGGAUCGCGGAGAACGAGGCCAAGGUCAUGACCCUGAUAAUGGUGGUCGUUCCUCUGGUUCUGGUGUUGUGCAUCCUGCUGAUGGUCUAUGCCAUCAUCAACACCCUGCAGAAGAAGGAGGCGCCCAGACUUUUGGUCCACUGCAAACGAUCCCUGCAGGACUGGGUUUGAUCUGCACCGCAACUGGACUCACUAGUGCACACGCAUGCACACCCAAAGUCCGUGUACGCACACACACACACACACGCGCGCACACACACACACACAAAAACAAAUACAAGCAAUCUCCCUAUAUUUCCUUCAUUGUGCUUUACCAGAUCUCGACUUAAGCCUGUGUAUAACACACAAUUUGCACUUUGAA